AUGGGUCAGGAGCCGUCAAGUGGCUCUGAGGAGAGCCUCCACGUUCCGCGAGCGGCCGGGGGUGCCGCUGGGCGCGGAACCGGACUCGCCAUCCGAGAGGUCACCCAUCGUGAGGGUGCUGGGCUGGAUGGCUACAUGUUGAGUGUAGUGACUCAGGCGUUGGCACAGUUCAAGAAAAGAAGCAUGCGCAUCGCUCUCGCCGCCGUAGCCCUGGUCACUGUCACCGUGGUUGCUGUGGAAAUUCUACUGACCAGGCAGAAACUGGAAAUCGGCGGAAAGAAGCUUUGUCACACGAAGGACUGCCUCACGCACGCUAACCUGCUCUUGCGCGCCGUUAACACGAGCAUUGACCCGUGCGAAGAUCUGUACGGCCACGUGUGCUCUCGUUGGUUACCGGACAGCAGGUAUCGCGACCACGCCAAGUCCACAUUGGACGAAAUGAUGUUCGCUUGGUACGAGGGAUUCAACACAACCCUCAGUCAUGGGACGCUCGUGCUGCCUGUGGGGAAGAAAGUCCGCGCCAUGUAUGACACUUGUAUGGCCAGUGAACCAAUAUUCGGCGAGUCGGUGGCUGCAUUGAUCGAUUUGCUCCACCAGUACGGGUUACGAUGGCCGGAGGCAUCCGAGUCGAACGUGACAGCUCUUGGCGUGCUCAUCGCUCUCGACGUUGACUUCCAGGCGCCGUUCUGGUUUGUUGUCAGAACACGAAAACUAGGACGGACGCGGGCAGUUGUAAUCUCGCCCAGUCCCUAUAUUCCCAUAUUCCGGCAGGACCAUCUGACCGUAAUGGUCAGUGGGAAGUACGUCAAGUAUUGGAGGCUCUUCGAGUCUGUCGUCCUUAACAAGUCCGGGCCCGUCGCCAGCGAUGAAGAUAUCUUGAAAGCAGCUCGCAUGGAGGCCAACAUACUGACGUCGCUGGACAGUGCCUACAACGCACAGCCAAAGUCUUCUGCGGUGUUUUCCCUUGGGAAAAUCGAACGGCACACGCAGCCGUUGUCAUCUGAGGACUGGAUUAAAGAGCUCAAUGCCAAGAUGCAACUCGAUUCAGCACUGACAAGGAGUGAUAAAGUGGUUACAGAUGAUGACCGUUACCUGCAAGCGAUCGGUAGCAUCUUCGCGAACUACAGUAACGAAGAGCUCCUGCGUCACUUAGCUUGGCACGUUAUUCAGCAGUACGCGACUGUUGCCAGCUAUAGGUUACUCCGUGCACGGUUCGGAAGUGGCGAAAGGUUAUCGUUCUACCGGCCCGUCUUCUGUGCCACUAACGUCGAGGUGUCCUACAAGGCACUCGUUCUCGCCUUGUACGUCGUGUCCAGGUCACAGCCCGAUGGCCUUGACUUUAUCACCGACGCCUUCGACAGCCUGAAGGAGACCUUGUUCGAAAAAGUCAAUGCCUCCCGCUGGCUCGACGUGACCAGCAAACGAAUGCUCGGCCAGAAGAUCUCAGUGUUGGCGACCCGUUUGUGGCCGCUGCCAGAAUUCCUCCGCAACGACACACUCGAGGCCGUUUACUUUGAUUUCCCUGAUAACGAGACGUCUUUCGGUGACUACUGGGUCAAGUCGCGGCUGUUGCUGAAGAAGCUCAACAACAGGGCGCCUGGCUACGAGUACGUACUCGAACUGCCCGGAAACAACUCGCCCAAGUACGUCCUUUUCAAUUACAUGAUGAACAGCGUAGACGUGGCAAUCGGAGCAGUUUCGAGACCACUAUUCUAUCCACAAGGUACACGCGCGAUGAUGUACGGUGGGCUCGGGUUUUCCAUGGCGUUGCAGUUGGUGAAAACAAUGGACAGCGAAGGCCUGAAGUGGCAUCCUCGUCUUGGCCAGGCCAAUUCCAUCAAGUCGCCGCCCACAAUGAGCGCCUACCAAACUAAAGAUGGCUGCCUAAAGGAACAGGGAUUCCGGAGCGUGUUUCCCGAGAUUCCGGCUAUGGAGAUUACCUACGCUGCUUACGUGAAAUCCAACGAGACGCAUCCGCCGAUCGAUCACACACUGCCCGAAGACAAGGUCUUUUUCUUGACCCUCUGCUACAUGACCUGCUCACAACGUGGACACAAAAAUCCUUCCGCAGCCGACUGCAACAAAGCCGUGCGUGGCUCUUCCGCCUUCGCCAAAGCGUUUUCUUGCUCUAAGGGGUCCGCGAUGAACCCGGAGAAAACAUGCAGUUUCUUGUGA